AUGCCCAUUGACCAUUUUCACAACAUAUCCCGAUAUGAACCCCAUACGAACGUCACUUUCCAACAGCACUACUGGGUCGAUAUAAGCAAUUACGUUCCAGGAGGCCCAGUGAUCAUCCAUGCCAUAGGGGAAUACUCCACGAAAUCGCCAACGCUACUGGUGCUGUCGCCGUUCUUUGGGGUCAAAAAGAUACCACUCUGGCGGCUACAACAUCGUCCCAGAUCAUCGAUAUACUACAGAAAACUUCGCUUCCACAGCACCGAGCAAGCCUUAGCAGACCUCGCGUACUUCGCUCAGAGAGCCACAUUCCGGGGCCUGGAAGAUAGGGACCUCACGGCACCCCGCACUCCCUGGAUCAUCCUUGGUGGCUCGUACGGCGGCGUGAUAUCUGCGUUUGCUCGUAUCCAGUACCCGGACCUAUUCUGGGGUGGGCUGUCGUCCUCUGGAGUCACGACUGGGAUACUCGAUAACUGGCAGUUUUUCGAUAUCAUACGACGUCACGCUCUGCCAGAAUGCGUCGAAGCUCAACAGCAAAUAACCAACCUAAUGGAUAACGUCUACGAAAGCGGUAAUGAAACGGCACUAUUCCAGCUUAAGGCUGCCUUCAACGUCUCGCAGUCGUCGACAUAUCCUGACCUGGUAUUCCUUCUGACCAGUCCGUUUUCGGCGUGGAAUCAGGUCUGGCAUAGGAAGCCUUUCCCCUUCACUGGCCCGGGUUCUUACUGUGACCUCCUAACUUCCCAAACCUCGCAUUACCCUACAACCGAAACCCUGCGCACAACGGCUCACUUGCUCCUCAGCUACGCCAAUAGGACCGCCACUGCCAACGCCACAGCCCUGUACUACCCGCUCCUCAAUUUCUUCUCCUACAUGCGAGAAAGUUCUACCUACUGCGCGGGGAGAUCCGUGCACGACUGUCUCUCGCUGGGCCGUCCUUCUCCCUACGGCUGGCUCACCUGUACCGAGUCCGGCGGUUUUGCGACAGGCUAUAUCCCGGGCUCGGAGGGCCAUCCACACGUGCUGCCCAUGGCCUCCCGCAUGCUGUCGCCGGCGUACUUCCUCGACAGAUGCCACAGGGCGUACAACAUCACAUACGGGCCGCAGCUCGACCGGCUGAACAAGUACGGCGGGCCCAACCUGUCAUAUCCUCGUCUAGCCAUCUCCACGGGCCAGCUGGACUACUACCGCGCCCUAGGUCCGCUGGCGGAAUUUCUGGAGAACGGAGACCCAAAUCCCAGGCUCGUCCAGAACAUCAACGACAAUGGCGACAAUAACAACGGGUCGUCCUCAUCGAUCACCACGCCGCAGAUAAUCAUCGAGGGAGGCUUCCACGAGUGGGAUUUCCCAGGCCUGUUCCAGAACGAGACGGCUGUCGAGAUGCCCCUGGCCGUCCAGCGCGCGAAGACUGUCGAGGUCGAUGCCGUCAUGGCGUGGCUGAGAGAGUGGAAUGCGACCCAUACCAAUACCCAUGCAAUGUAG